UUUUGUCUCCUUUAAUGGCGGGCAUAAUUAUUUUACGUUUCAGUCAUACGGUGACCCAUAAGAUGAAAAUGCCCAAGCUUUUAAACGUUUUUCUGGCUGUAAAUGAAAGGAGAGGUUCUAAAGAAAACUUGGUUGUCGUGUUGGUUUUAAAAAGAAGGCUUUAAACGGGGUAUGUUCAUCUAAUAUUCGGAACCAAACGCGAAGCCGGCUAAAAUACAAACAAACAGAAAACAAGGUUUUAAAAAGAUGUUCCGCAACACUUCAAUCAUACUACUUUCUUUCAUUUUCUACAUUUUACAGUAAAAACAACUGUUUGGGACUAAUUGACGUGCUCUAAGCCGAUGACAGGGGCGUAGCUAGGGGGGUUCUGGGGUGCCCGUGACCCCCCCUUGGUAGGCCUUCUCUUGAGCAAACAACCUAAAAUAUUCAGGUGGCGAAAAGGCCAUGACAAUAUCUUGGCCGUAAAAGCCAUUUUUGAAAAGCCCACUUUUUUUAAAUUUGUUUUUUUGUAAAGUAUUUUCGUCGACGGCUCUUGUCUUUAGUAAAUAUGGGCCUUCAUGCCGCGAUAAUACGACUGAGCCCGCUGAUACACGAGAGAGAGCAGCGGUAUAAACCAUAUAUAGUCGGCGAUCCCUGGAUGGUGUCCCUGCUGUGAUCCCCCCUUUGAAAACUCCUGGCUACGCCCCUGACUGAGCGUGCUGAAAUUAUCGCAUGUAUAAGCAUAUCAAGGGUAUAUCGAUUGUUAGGAAGUUCUAAGGUCUGAAAAGCUAGAAAGCAAACUAGGACGUUUAAAGGAAGCAUUACUAUAAAAUUAUUAUAAACGAAACGUCAAUCACUGUCACCGGCCUUACGGUCCUACUUGGGACCAUUGUAGAUACUCUCGCAGGCACUAUUGUAAACAGUCUAAUCACUACCAUACAAAAAUUUGUUAUUUCAGAAUUAGACCUAAUCUCUAUUAAGAGCGUGUCUCCGUAAAAACCGACCAGUGAUUUCGGAUCAAAAAAUUAAUUUCCCUUAUAUUCUGGGAUAUUAAAGCCUUCACCUUAGUAGUUACAAAAAUACAUUUCGUUUGACCGAAAGUGAUAAAUAUAUUUUUUUACGAAUUUUUGAAUUUCCGGACGAUUAGCGCUGGCGUCAUAGCCUUUCAAACUGCAAAAAUCGCUAAUAUUGACCGCGCUCUAGAAAACGAACAACUCGCUCAAAAAGCCUGAUUUUCUUUUUCAUAUACAGAUACACCACUGUAGAUUUCCUAGCCAUAUCACAGUUCCGAAUUAUUUGUUUAUUUCAACGGCAAUGAUUUUUUCCCCAGCACGUGUUUUCGGCUUUCCAUCAAAACACGAAAGUAGCUCAACUUUGAGGGUAAUUUUAAAAAGUGUGGCUCCUGUCUGAACUUCGCUAUCUGUAUGAAUACAAUCUAGGAAUGAUAGUAAAACACAAAAAGGAAUAACAUUUUUGUGCUCUCCACGUUUUCAGAAGAGACUGCCGUUUGAAUUUCCAGAAAUUUCGUAAACUUGAUAAUUAACGAACACUCGCCUUGUCGAUCUGCUUGUCAAGGUCCAACUUCAUUUGAUGGCGUGAUAUAUCUUAUCCAAGUUCUUUCACAUUUUAAGGUUAUUUUUCAAUCAUCUGAAACUAUAUUGGCCGUUGAUUCCAUGUCCUUUGUCCGUUUAAAGAAGUUAUCUGGUUUAUAAAAUGGCAGCCAUCCGCGAGCGUGACUGGUUCGUGACACCGUCCUGAAAGGUCUUUUGCUAAAAUUAGUUGGGUGCAAUCUUGUUCAUUGAGAUUAUACUCUUCAAGACAUCGCAGUGAAAUUUGUAGGGCAAAUAAAACACGUUCCUUUGCAAAUACGACGCGAUGAGUCGCUGACAAAGCGUUUUAACCAAGUCUUCUGACGAACUUGAAAAAUGCGUGACUUUGUAUUUCAUCCCCAGUUCUCCUGCAUUGGGUGAUGACCUGAACAAAUACUAGCUCGUUCACUUGUUUAUUAACUUCUUAGGUUGUAAUGUCCCUCUUGGUUUUUGUAGAGGAUAUUUUUGCUCCUGAAGUAGCCGCUUUAACUCUAAAAACAUCGAAUUUUUUGUUUAAAACCUGUCCUUCAACGGCAUCUUUUAUCUAGUUUGUAUAAAAGUAAUAGAGGGCGUCAUCAGUUGCGAGCGUGACACGGUUGUUUCGUAACAUUUUCUGUAAAGUUCGAUGUAAUUAACAUUGAAUCGCCAUACUUCGAUACAUUUUCUUCUUCAGCUUAACAUAAACGCACUGACAAAAAUGGUUCAACACAUUUCAGCUAAGAGAAUUGAGAAACCAUGGCCACGCUACUACAGUUUCCACGUCCUUCCCUGGACCUCACGCUGCGCGGAAAUUCAGUGAACUGGACCCUGGCAUUCACAUUCCGUGCUGUUCUCAUAUCAUUUUCAACCUGAACAGGGUCCGCCUUGCGGCCAGUUCGCUCACCAAUUUCAAACUUGGCUGUAAGAUAUUUUUUAACCUCACGAGAAAACCGGAUGGAACCUGCGUGGGCCUUGCUUAGUGCCCAUCCCAUCUGCAGGGUUUCUACGUCAGUUGAUGAUUCGGACGCCAACAUAAAUGGUGUAGAUUUUUUCACAGCCACAUCCACUGAUGUAAAUUUCGUUGCCCAGUCCUUUCUGAUCUUGUUUACUCAAGUCUGGGCUUAGAGAAGAUAAUGUCACAGUUUUUCAAAUUUCAAUAACCAUGAAAGUCAGAGUCCGGGUAGUUAGUUAAUCAAUUGUGGCUCUGAAAAAAUUUGAAGAAAAAAAAACUACGAAUUUUUAAGAAAAUGCUGUUUUCGUGAGAAGGCUCUUAAACGCUGACAAACGUCAACAAAUAGCGAAAACUAUAAUUUCUAUAUGUUUGCUUUGCUCGAAAUCGCGCGCAUUUACAAGGCCCUAAAGCUCUUUGCUGACUUGCAAGGACCCAUCUGUUAUAACGAUGCCCAAAAUAAAGGGAUGAAUCUCAUAGUUUAUUAGAUAUAAUCGUGUAAAGUUUGCUUAUCAUUUUCGCAUAAAUUAUGACCUAAAUUUGGAAACCGCUGAAUUUCUCGAAUUGGGUCUUUGCGAUUUUGUUUGGGCAAGGCACUAAUGCGCACUAUGUGUAGCCGAGAAAUUUUCACGAAAAAAUACCGGCAACAGCAGAUUUUUGACUCAGACCUCAAAGGGGCGUGGCAUUAUAACCACAUGACAUUUACUCCGAUCGCCAAAAAUUUUAUGUUAUAUUGUAGAUUGAUCUAUACGUUAUACAUUCUAUGUGUUAGACUUCGAUAAAAGUAAAGGUGGGGAUACCAGAGAGCUUCAAAGUAGGAUGGUACCCCCCCUCCCACAAAAAAACUGGGUCGAGUCACCUUAAACACACCUUGUCUCUUCAUAUUCCCCUAAUUUCUCACUCUCAGUGUUUUCCCCCAGCCAACGUUUAUUUUCCUCAUAUUUUUGUCUUUGCUUCUUGACACAAGUAGUGCAAAUUGCUGUGCAUUAAAAAGUAUCACAAUGAUGAAUUUAACUUUUAGUUAAAGUCGAUUCGUAGCGUAAAACUUAUUUUUAGAACCAACACUGAAUUGAUAAUUGACAACUGGCAAAAUAAACUCACAACAGUUUUUAAUCUCGCGGUUAGGUCUUGAGGUGUCGGAAAAAUAGUUUUCAGGAUGUAGCAUAUAGCAGGGUUAAAAAACGUUUCAAAUACAAAAUCCCCGAUACUCACAAAAUAGGGUUUUUAAAGAAGGGGAACAUUGCCAAGUGUUUCGCAUAAUUUCGUGGGUCACGUGCAUGUAGGCUACUUUACCGAAAUUAUCUCUUACUUUGAAAAAUAGAACGCUAUGAAUCAACGUAAAAAAUAGACAGUCCUGUAAAGACAUUCUAAGCACCUUUUAAAUCUCGCAAAAAUCCAGGAAUACUUGUGUAUUUUUGAACGUCUGUGUUGUAACAAAUAUACUUGUCCUAAUUAUACUAACGCGCUUGACCGAACAAUGUAAAACAAGAAUGUUCAUUUCAUACUUGUUAUUUACUCAAUCCAAGAUUUCUACACUUACAUCGUGGCACUGUUGCCAAAAAAUGUAACUGGUUAUGAUAUAAAUAGCCGGAAAAAUAAACACCUUAUGGAACGAUUCCCUUUCAAGGUUUUACAACAACGUUGAAUGGUUAUUCCCUCGACCUUCUCUUUUAGUCUUUAUUUAUAAUUAGAUUUAAAGUUUGUUACACAAUUCGGAAUACUUGACCAUGACAUUUACCUUGGUUUUAAGAGUUCUUUUAUUCUAUUGAAAGUUAAAAAGUAAAGGCGCCUCACAUACGUCGGUACUUCGAAAUGAUCAUUUCAUCAUUAUCUGAAAGACAAACCUUUUUAAACGCCCUCUUCAUCAGUACUCCGUUUUACGGGUAUUUAAGCUACUUGUAGCCUGCGUUGCAGCCGGCCCACGCACUCGUCUAAACCCUUUGUAUAGAAGGUUUAGAGCGUCUGCGACGCAGGCUAGCCGACUUGAAGCUACACGGAAAGAAUUUCUCACACCUGGCCAUGGACAUCAAUCUCAAGACCUCUCACACAGAAGACUCCAAGGGCUACGCAAUAACCAACUGUGUCAAUCGUUGCUCCUCAAAAAAGGGAAAACGUAAAAUAUUGUGUAGUAGAAUGCUUACCUGACCCAAUGGGAAUUGUGAUUCCAAAAAUUGCGUGAAUAUUCUUGGACAUCUCCAAGUUGAUAACAUGAUUAUUUUUUAGCUUUUUCCUUGCUCCUGAAUGAAGAGGAUAUCGACAUGUCCUCAAAGGACGCCAGUUGCGACCCAAAUUAUGUCUGUGUUUUGGACACACGAACAUUUCUUCUUGCCGGUGUUUUGGCACAUCGAAUAGCCCCGCCCUGACUAGUAUCAGUUCGUACUCCAUCAUUCCAGAUAGUUUUGAAAGAUGGCAUGUCUUCAAGUGGAUCGUUAUAUCUUUCUGGCAUUCUCGCAACCUACAUACUGUAUCCGAACCUCGAAAACCUCCAAAACUAGAUUUUCCGAAGCCCGAGAAAGAACACUUCACUGUAUCAGUAGCCAUGUUACCCCUUGUUUGAUUUGUGUCCAGUCCAGAAGGACUGGGGAUGAAAUACAAAAAGUCACGCAAAUUUCAACUUUAAUCUGAACUGGGUUAAAUCGCCUUGUUAGCGACUCAUCGCGUUUUAUUUGCAAAGAAAAGUGUUUUAUUUGCUCUACAAAUUUCCCCGCGAUGUCUUGAAGAGUAAUCUCAAUGAACAAGAUUGCAUCCAACUAAUUUUAGCAAAAGACCUUUCAGGACGGUGUCACGAACCAGUCACGCUGGCGGAUACUGCCAUUUUAUAAACAAGAUAACUUCUUAAAACGGACCAAGGACGUGGAAUCAACGGCCAAUAUAGUUUCAGAUGAUUAAGAAAUAACCUUAAAAUGUGAAAGAACUUGGAUAAGACCCAUCAAGCCAUCAAAUGAAGUUGGACUUUGACAAGCAGAUCGACAAGGCGAAUGUUCGUUAAUUAUCUGGUUUACGAAAUUUCUGGAAAUUCAAACGGCGGCCUAUUCUGAAAACGUGGAGAGCACAAAAAUGUUAUUCCUUGCUGAGUUUUAUUAUCAUUCCUAGAUUGUAUUCAUACAGAUAGCGAAGUUCAGACAGGUGCCACACUUUUUAAAAUUACCCUCAAAGUUGAGCUACUUUCGUGUUUUGAUGGAAAGCCGAAAACACGUGCUGGGGAAAAAAUCAUUGCCGUUGGAAAUAAACAAAUAAUUCGGAACUGUGAUACGGCUAGGAAAUCUACAGUGGUGUAUCUGUAUACGGAAAAGAAAAUCAGUCUUUUUAAGCCAGGUGUUUGUUUUCUAGAGCGCGGUCAAUAUUAGCGAUUUUCGCACUUUGAACGGCUAUGGCGCCGGCGCUGACCGCCCGGAAAUUCAAAAAUUCGUAAAAAAAUAUAUUUAUCACUUUCGGUCAAACGAAAUGCAUUUUUGCAACUACUAAGGUGGAGGCUUUAAAAUCCCAGAAUAUAAGGAAAAUUAAUUUUUUGAUCCAAAAUCACUGGUCGGUUUUUACGGAGACACGCUCUUAAGUUCUGUUAUUUUUUUUAACUUCAUAUCUAAAACAAAAAUUUAUGCUUUAAUUUUACUAUUUUAUAGAUUCCCCUUCAACAUCAUCUUCGGCCGGCCCUAAGAAGCGAAAAGGAGAUUCUCUAUCAACAGGUGAUUGAAAGGGUAUCAAUACAAACUAGGAAUAACAAAUUAAUUAUAUCACAAAUAGAUAAGUUAAAACCUUUGGUUCUUGUCCUGCUCUUUUUGACCCCACGUCUUAGCUUUCAGAUUAUUAGCCUGUUCCAGGCGUUUAGAUAGUGGAGAGCAAGUUAAAUCGCACGCGGCGAGCCCAAAAAGAAACACGAGGGGAGACUAGGGCGGAAGCGGAAAACCCUCCCUUUUCCCGCCCUAUAUUUUUCCUCGUCAAUUUUUCGCCCGCUCCCCACCACCUGAACGCCUGGAACAGGCUAUCAGAUUAUGUAGGAAGCUUGCACUUGUUCUCUUAUUUUCCGUGGGAAAUUGGCAGGAGAAUUAAAAGCACGGUCAGUUGUACUUAAAAAAAAGGGUUGUACUUGGACACACGUGACCAACUAAUCAUUUACUUGGAAGAAACAAACCUUUUUCUGCUUUUUUGCUUGGAAAUGUGUACAAACAAAAUCCAUUUUCAUUGUUAUGACUUCUCGAGUUUUCAUUCUACUUUCUCUUUAUUUCUAAAGACGGGAAAGCUCCAAAAAGAAGUCAAUCGUCGCCAAGUGAAGCCAGGGGUGCUAAACAGUCCGAGGCCACACCUCCCAGGAGCGCAGAUGGUAUUAUUUCUUUAAUGAUUCAUCAUUGUAAACUAAGCUUCAAUUUCUUGGUCAUUUUGCUAAAGAAUACCACCCUUGGACCUACAAUAGUUUUACUGAUCGCUUUCACUGAAUCAAUAUUAUAUUUGGAAAUUGUCCUCAAGCAUUUUACUUAAAGAAUAACAUGUACAAUCACCAGAGAAUGACGCCUUUGAGGACAUCACACGGUCCAUUGUUGGAGUAGUGCUCGAGUAUAUUGACCAAACAUAAUUACAACAGAAAGUUCAAAGCCAAGAAUAUGCACCAAACACAUACAAAUUUGGACAUAUGCUGAAAGAUACGUCUUGUUUUCGUGUCUAAUGGUGCAGUUUCCAUGCGGAUUUUAAACAUAGAAAAUUGUCAUCUUGAGACCGAAAUUCUACUGAAGUAAAUAAUCGCCUCCUUCGACUGAUUAGCGUCCCCUUCUCCACUCAAAAACUGAUUGAAGUUAGCGCUCCGGGUGAUAGCUCGAGUAUUUACUUGUAUAUAUUUACACGAUCAACUUUAUUCCUUUUUGCUCGGUUCAAAGUUGCUUUCUUCGGGGAAAUUGGGAUGUUCCUGCGCAUGUUCAUUGAAAAAUUGUUGAGCGGGGACAUAGAUUUUCCCGUCUUGUAAACCUCUUUCGAAUAAAAUCCUUCAAAAAUGUUACCCCCGCGGGCUUAUUUUCGGAAUUUUAUGAUGUAGUUCUCCAGGAGCCUUAUCUAUCUUGAUGUUUGGGGCCGACCUGCACCUAUUCCAAACAAGGUUUGUGAGUGGCUGGGAAAACAAUAGCGAUGGUGACAUAACAAUGCCCCUAUCCCUGAAAACAAUAGGUAGUACACGUUAUAUGGACCAAAGAAGUUUGGAUGGGUGCAGGUCAAUCGGAUGUUUGAGGGUUGUAAAUUUUCAUUACGGCUUCGACGAUUAGGCCUGGCAACCCUGAAGAAGAGGUUUUAGGAGGCUUCUUCUUCCCUAUUCCAGGCCAUCAUAUAAGCUAAAUCCCGGAACCCUAUAAACUGUUGGGGACUUUCUGACUAAAAUGAUUCACAUGAAGAACCUGACUCGGUUUUGGCUAGUAAGGUGGAAGGGCCGUGGGCGUGGACUGGUCUCUAAAACAGCACAAUCUUCGAACAUGCUUUGGAAUCGAAGGUGUUGUUACAUAUCCAUAGAUACAAUAACGUGUUAUCCUUUAUUCCAGUCAUCAAGGAUGGUGUCCCCAAAGACAAGGACUUACAACUCCUGUCCAGGAAGCUAGGAGAAUAUUGGAAAGAUUUAGCUUAUUGCUUGGGUUUCGAGAAGCCAGACAUAACGGCUUUUCACAAACAGAAUGAAGAAUUAAGAGAAAAGGCAUUAGAGAUGUUGCUUCAGUGGAGAGCGAAGUAUGGUUCAGGAGCAACCUUCAGAGUCUUGUAUGAUGCCUUGUGUGAUGAAUGUGUAGGCCAAACGGAAUUAGCACAAAAUUAUUGCUGUUAUAGUUAGUCAUGCUGCGUAAGUGUAACCAGAAGAAGAUGUUUUUAGAUGCCAUUAAAGAAAAUGAGGUAGCCAUUUAAGAAACUUUCCGCCGUUUUCAAAAAUUACAGACAGAAAGAAAAAUAUAAAUCUCAAAUGUGAACCUAGUGCGUCAAACCGUGCAGUUAUCAUCUUACGAAAGACCUUACGAGUUAAGCUAAGAAAUACUGUGCGUUUUAAAAGCUCUUUUUCAACCAUGUAAUUGCUAAAUACGGGUUAGCCUUCCAUUACAGAAACAUAGCAAAAGCUGUACUACAUGUAUUCACAAAAUAAUACUUUUAACCUACUUGUAACAAAACACACGAGUUUUCAUCUUUUGAAGAAUAAAGACUGAUGGUUAUUGUCAUUAUUAUCAUCAUUAUCUAGAAAGCUGUGACAGAUUCAUCAGCAUCAGCCCUC